AUGGCCUCUCGACAACAAACCGCAGCCCUCUUGGCCAACGCAGCAUCACAAUCACCGCCAGUCACAGCAACCCUAAGUCUGAGGGCAGGCCGGUCGAACAACGCGCAUCGACCUCCCUCGGGGCCCACCUACAGCUGCGACAAUGCCCGUAAUAGCAGUACCCUCCUGUCGGAUCGGCCAGCCAAGAGGCUUCAUGAUCCGCUGUCUUGCGUACACGAUGCAGCUCACACAACAGGCGGCCAAGUGGCAGCAGGGCCGGGUGCAGGGCAUGGGGAGCCUACUCCCUUGGUCUCUCCUCCUGCUUCUCCCUCACAACAUUCUUCUGUGCUUCCUACUUGCACUAUAGCUACUACUGGACUGGCCCGCAAUUUCCCAGGCAGGCUUGCCGUCCAAUCACGGCCCAUCACACCCACUCGGACCAGUUCCGCUGCCGAUGAAACGUCAACUUCUCGGCCACCACCGUUGUCCUCUACUGUUUCCUCUUGGCCCUCCGUUAUCGAAGAUUCCCCUCCGCCUUCCUCCUUGUCGUCAAACUCUUUCCUCGAGCCACCGUCGAAGGACACGGAAUCACCCACGCCGCACGGCCUACCCUCAGCUCGACAUUCACAGACUCCAGUAGUCUGCCCCGUCUCGCUCGUGCACAAUUUUUCAGCGAAGUCACCUUCUGUAGCAAAAGCAGGGCCAGCACUGUUUAGCGAUAGCAGCAAUUACAGCAGCAACGGCGAUAGCGGUAACGAAAAAGCGGCGGGGGAGAAUAACCGGAUACACCAGCAGCGAUUGCUGUACAACCCAUCUCGGGCUCCAUCCCAUUCUCCUCUCUCCCUCGGCACCACAUUCGUCCUUCCGGAGUUAGACCUAGGUUUGGACCUGGAUCGAUUGCACGGCGGAUACUUUGACCGCACAGCAGAUACUGCGCAGCUUGUUGCGAUGACUACUUCAACCUUCCAGUAUACCCCUCCUUUUCAACCUCCACUGCCCCCUCCGCCCCCGUAUUCCGAGCCCAGUGCCGGAGGGAGAUUUUCGUCAGACCUGGGCUUCCCGAGGUCUGGGGUGGAUGGAUUCAGUAGUCCAACCGCAGACAGCUUACACGAUGGUGACAGUCCUAGGCAUUUCCGAAAUUCUCAGCAGUCUGCUAUGACACAACCCACUCCGGCGCAAAGCUUUUCUCGAAAGGUUUCCACAAAGAUUCGGGGCUUUUUAAACCACACCCACCGAAGCAGGAGCCCAAGUUCGCGAAAUAGCAUUGCAACCGUUGCGACCGUAUCCGAGGAUAGUCACAUUUCAUCAUCCCUCGCUGUCGCCAAUGAUAAUAAGGGGAGCAAGGGUGCAUCACCUGUGGUUGUACCAGUGGUGGCUGCUGUGACUACAACCGUGACUGCUCCCGUCACCACCUCUGUCGCCGAGCCCAUCUCCUCCACGGCAACGAUGGAGGUGUCCGCCAAUGCUGCUGUGGAUGAUUUCAUGGAUGCUCCCGCUGCCAUGGAGGUUCCCGUUGCCAUGUCGAUGAUGGAUGCUGUAGAUGAUCGUCUCAAGUCUCAAGAGUCUCAGACCUUUGAUGGUCAUAUUCCGAUAAUCAACGGAUGUCAACCAGAUUGUGAGAUCCGUUCCGGCCAUUCUUCAUAUAUUUCGUUGGAUUCUCCAACGUUGGCCACUGAGUCUUCCGGUAAUCCCAGCAAUCGCAAUUCAUUCAGAAGUUUUGUACAGGAGGAGCGACCGCGGUCGAGGUCUCCUGAAAGCCCCGUCACGCCGGAUGAUGAUUAUAGGUUUAAUAAUCGGAUGCCAGAUUCGAAACCCAAAUACCAUGCCGCGGCAGAACUGCAGACGGACGAUUCUCGCGAUGAGGAGAGCACCCAUGAUGGCGUCGAAUCGCAGGUUGUGCAGGUGUACCUGGAUGAGGGGAAUGGAUCGGGGAAUGGUAUGAUUCCUUCGCUUCACAUCGAGACACCGUCUCCCUGCAGACUUCAUCCAGAUCAUCCAGAAUCGUUUAUAGCCCCGCGGCCCGCACCCCGAAGUCCCCGGAAUCGUCCCGCCUCGAUGCGUUCAAGAUCCCCAAGCCCGGCUCCGAUACUGAGCCCUUUGAAGAGUUUACUCCCGGAGUCGGGCCGAGAGACCCCGUCCUUUUUAACGCCAAGGCCUGCUCCAACCACUCCGACACCCUCGCCCGGUUAUGGUCCAAUAAAGCCUUUACGAUCUCCCACCGAAGCCGGACCGAAGCUUCUCCGACACAACACUUUUUCCUCUAGGUCAGCUGGAGCAAAUCCUACACGAGCACCCUUGUCGCUCAACCCUCUUGCACGAGCUCAGGCCCUUCAAUACCCACGACCAUCCACUGCCACCGGCCCGGCUGCGGAAGUUAGAAGUUUUAGAGAAGUAUCGUCAUUAAACCGCGUGCUGCCCCCGCCUGGGAGGUUGAAGGAGCACGAUGAGAUCUCUAUCAUUUCGCUUGGUCCCCCAGGCAGCCCGAAUCAAUUGCAUGAUAUCGAACAUAAUUUCCCCCCGAUGCCGAUGCCGAGUUACGCUACAUCGUUAAGGAAAUCAGGUUCAAUUCGCUCAGCUUCUGGAAGGGCGCUUGAGAUUGCUGUUCCACCACCGUUAGAUUCUCGAAGUAUCUUUGAUUCCAGAAGCAUGUUUGAUGGAAGGAGUAUUUUUGAUAAUCGUAGUAUUCUUGGCGCUCGAAGUGUGAAAACUGCUUCGCCAAGUACAAUUCCGGAUGAUUUCAGGAGUAUGACAUCGCCAAAAUACCAUCCCGACGAUGCACCACUAUCACCGACUGUCUACUCACCAGACAUAGAUAUGAUUGAGGCAGAUCAUCCUCCACGAACGCCACCAGCGGAGGCCGAGGUUAUCCCUACGCCGUCAACCUCGCCGGCUCUUGCACCCACCACCGUACCCGCACCAGCCGCGUGCCUAGUGCCGCCUCCCCCCGAAGUGAAGCGCCACAGCACGGUUGGCAAAGGGCUCCGGCGAGCGUUUAGUCGCCGGAAAUCUGCCAAUAAGCGUACGACCGGGCCGAUAACUGGAGAGAUAAUUUCCCGACCAUCUACUUCGGCUACUGCUGUAACAUCUACAGAUGCCACCCCGGAAGACGAGCUGUUAGACAACCUGUCCAUGAGGAGUCGAUCAAUGAUGAACCCAUUGACUUCUCCAUCCUCACCCACGGUCUCGGUAUCCCGCUGGAAGUCUGUACGCGGACGAAGCUCGUCCACCUCAUCAAACCCCACCCCAUCCUCUCAGCCAGCGGCAAUCCUCCCACCGAAAUUCAAAUUGGCCUCGGUUCCGGAAGCCGAAAAACUUAGCCCGGAAAAAUUGAUCGAGAUCGCGCGAAUGCCGGGAACAAUAUUUAUUAGGACGAGCAUGGUCAAAGAGGGCGCCGACCCGGACUCCACGAACGAGGAAGAUCUUAUCCGCCAGGAUCACAGAAUGAAGCCAAGGAAAGGAAUGGCCGGAACCGGCGUUGCGGGAAGCUGUAGGUUCUGCGGGAAGGGGCCGUUUGUGAAUAUGUGGGUGUGCACGGAUGAAUGCCAUUUUGUCAUGUGCAGGAUGUGUGCGAACGAGAAGGUUCAGGCGGGAGAGGCGGAGUUGUUUUGAGGAGUUUGUGUGUGGGUGCGGUGUGUAGUGUAGGGGAGGUUGGAAGAAUUGGCAAAGUCCUGGCAUAUGGUGAUGAUAAUUGUUGCAUAGCGUGGUUCUAUCUUUAUUUUCCUUUUUGCUUUGUUUAGUCAAAGUUGGCUUUUUACUCCCAUCUUUUCUCCUUUUGUCACGACGUUGGUGGUGCUGGGAGUACUGUCAGCGAGCUGAUAUUACCAACGGAUGGGUGGAUCGGUGGUCCGACACUCCCGUGACGGGAACCGCAAUUUGAGGAAAUAUGGUCUGGCCUGGUCUGGAAUUUGGGGUGGGUAUAUCUUCUGCAUCUGGGCGUUUAUUUCGUAUUAUCUUCAACUUUACUUUGUCUAUUUUUUUGUUUACACCUGACUUCACAUUCGAACCACAUAUCUUUCUGAUUUAUUCUGUCUCUUGCUGUUUAUUACGUUUUCAUUUAUAUGGAAAAUCCCUUAUCUGUAGUUAUUUGAGUAAACAGGUUUUUCUUG